AUUUUCUUGUCUUUUGCAUGUUUUCCUUGUCCCAAUAGAGACAACAUAAAGACCCUUGGAAGCUUCGCCUAAAGCAGCUUCAGACAUUCGUUUACCCGCUUUUGGAUACUACUUGUUGUUUCUUUCUCAUUACUUCUUCAACUCUUCCAUUUCUCUUUACUCGUCUCUUCGUAUUGUAUUCAACACAUCUAUCUUGUCGACAUAUAUAUAAUACAUCGUCACAAUGGCAGCCGCCGAACAACCGCAGGUCGAGAACCGACCCCCGCCUUCACGAAUGAGAGUCGCCCUGGUGGUACUCUUCCAUUCAUCAUGUGCUAUCUGGAGCACCAUUCUUUCCAAGUCGGCCCUCAAUGGUGUUGAGGCACCAGUCACAUUGCUUGCGCUGCAGACCACGAUACAGGUCCUACUACUCACUGUUAUCGGAUUGGCUACAGGAUGGAUCAAGUUAUACCGACCUCUUAAUGCUUGGAUCGCCCUACUACCUCUUACGGUCGCACGUCUCAUCGGUAUCCUGGCCAAGACAUACUGUCUUGCUUCAGUCAACGCCUCGGUCUACCAAAUCGCCCGUGGUCUUCUCUUGCCGUUCACUCUCUUCCUGUCGCUGUUGGUUCUCCGACCUCGCCCUUACUACCCUCCCAUUUCCCUCGUCGGCUGCGCCAUGGUCAUGGCUGGUUUCGGAACUGGUAUGAUGGCCGACUACAGCCAGAUGCUCACUUCAGGCAAGGGUGUCCUGCUCGGUGUCGGAUCUAGUUUCACCACUGCCGUCGAGUCUGUCGUUGUCAAGCGCUUCCUUGGUAAAAGCCAGGAGGGUAUGUGGCAGAUGGUUUGGAUGUCUAACUGCAUGGCUGUCCUCUUCUACAUCCCUCUCUUCCCUCUUUCGGGCGAGAUGGCCACUAUGAGCAGCCUCUUCACUGUCGAAUCCAUGGACGUCGCCCGCCAGUUCCUCAGCUCCGCCUGCUUGACAGGUGUCUCGGCCUUCCUCCUCACUAUCGCUACAUUUAUGCAGAUCGAGGUCACCAGCCCCACCACCCACAUGAUUGUCACCGCCGCUCGAGGUGUCGCCCAGAGCUCUCUCGCCGUUGUGCUCCUCGGCGAGCUUCUCACUGCCGACCGCGCUGGCAGCAUGGCCCUUAUCCUUGCUGGUAGCGCCCUCUACGGCUGGGCUCGCGACCGAUACCAGCAGUCGAAGAAGGCUGCUGGCAGCUACCAACUACUUCCUCGCGAAGAGGAGGGUCGCGCCGAGAUGGCGGACAACAAGGAAGCUAAGGAUCUCAAAUCAUAAGAUUUCCAAUCUUCCAUAUAUAACACAAACACAUAUACCAUCUCCUUAAUUUCCUUUCUUAUUCUUGGGUAUGGCGGCUUUAUUAUGACAGGUGUUUGGAUGACAAGAUUUUGUUUUGGCAUACUUCCUCAGCUUCUACAUACCUUAGACAUAGAGACGUUUUACUAUGCAUUCUGGGGUAUAUCUAGUCGGCUAUCUUCUCCCUCAGCAGUGCGCAACGAGGGAGAUAUUUUAAAAUAAAAUUACACAUAGAUGUCUA